AUGUCCUCUCCAUCAGAAUGGUCCGACCGUCGCGGCCUCUUCCAAAAGGGCAAGGAAGUCCACGAGCCCGGCAGACGUCUCUCCGGCGGUGCAGGAGGCGUGAUCGAUGCCGUGCGUAGAGCCUCGACGAGCAGCACCAGCGAGAAAGGCUCCUUCGUCUCGAACCCCUUGAGCAACGAUCCGGCCUCCCCAGCAUCUCCCACUUCGCAACGUCGACGGUCGUCCGCGGCCUCCGGUGAUCUCUUCGGGAAUCUGCAGCAGCACAAGCGUGGGAGCGAUGGGUACGACGAGAGGAAGGCGAGUCAUACGGAUCAGCUGGCUGCCGGGGGCGCGGUGUCGGGGUGGUUCAAUAAGACGUUUCGGGGUGUGAAUCCUGUGGCUGAGGAUAAGAGUGGGGAGAAGAGGGGGGUCAUGGAGUGA